CCCCGUGUGUGUUCAGCGAUCUCGCUUUGGACUCGAUACUCCGAACAGUCCGAACAGUCCUAACUCCGAACCAAAUUCAAAGUCCAAGUCUCCAACACCUGCACCCCGCGGACUUCCAACCUCAUCGAGUAAUUGUUCCAGACUCAAAGAUUUUGAUUUUCUCAAGUUUUGUUGCUUUUUCACACCUUAUAUUUAUCGGCUGCCUGAGUACACACUCGUUGGAUCGAAGCAGGGUCGCUGAUUCAAGGCACGUGCAAUAUUGACAAUGGUUAAGAUGGUUCGAGGCAGGGGAGGAAUAAUUCGAGGUAGAGGAAUGGGUCGUGGAAUUGGUUUUCCACCAAAGAGACAGUUUAUGCCUCGUCAUCCGUUUGAUCUGACCUUGUGCGAGUCAGCUUUUCCCAGAGUAAAGCCUGCACCUGAUGAGACUGAAUUCACGGCUGCACUGCUCAAAAAGAACUCUGAUAUGUGUCCCACUCCAAAAGAGCAAACUUCGAUUCUCAAUCUAGUUACUAAGCUUCAGAGCGUUUUAGACAACUUGAUUGUGGCUCCUGGCUCGUUUGAGGCUUGCCAAUUAGAGGAAGUACGCCAGGUUGGCAGUUUCAAAAUGGGAACAAUGAUCAAGGGUCACAACGUUGCCGAUAUUGUCGUAAUUUUAAAGACUUUGCCAACAAAAACGGCAGUCGAGGCACUUGGUAACAAGGUUCAGAUGGACUUAAAGUCUCAAGCGCCAAAAGAACCCCUUAGAUUAACGCAAACAGAACGUGGAUUUGAUAUAGCUAACAACGAGGCCACAGUUCGUGUUUUGAUAACGACUCUUCAUCAGAAUCUCAGGAAAUUAGAGCCCGACCAACAUUUGGAUAUUAAGAUUUGUCAAGGCCAUCUUGCAGCUAUCAGACAUUCUCGUUGGUUUGAAGAAAAUGCUCAUCAUUCCAGUAUUAAAGUACUCAUACGUUUGUUGAGAGAUUUAAGAACUAGAUUCGAAGGCUUGGAGCCCCUUUCACCUUGGAUGUUGAAUGUUUUGGCUCAUAAUGCCAUUAUGAAUAAUCCUAGCCGACAGGCAUUGCCGAUCAAUCAAGCCUACAGAAGAGUACUUCAGCUUCUGGCAUCGGGACUCUUUUUGCCAGGAUCAGCAGGUAUUUCUGAUCCCUGUGAAGGUGGUAGUAUUCGCGUUCACACUGCCAUGAGCUUGGAACAACAGGAUUUAGUGUGCUUGACAGCCCAGAUUUUACUACGAGUGCUUGCUCACGGAGGAUCUGGAACAUCUGCCUCAAACAAACCCAUACCUAUCCUUGAAGGAGGAAACACAUUAGCUGUUGAAAUGAGUGUCUGGCAAGGUGUUGUUGCGAGUCCUUUGGAAAAAGCAUACGAGCCACCAUCAGAACAAGAACAACAGGAGGAAAUGGAUGAGAGCAACGAGGAAAUGAUUGCCGAAAGCGCGUAAAUAACUCUUCAACAAAGAAAUGUUACAUUUUCUAUAUAAUUUAAAUUAAUUUCAUACAUAACGCUAUAUCAACAAUUUUUCCUAUAUAAAUGAAAAUUUAUAUGUUCUACGUAGUCUGAUCGAAUGAGAAUAUGUAAAGUCGUAUUUCGUACAUCUAAAAUUAAUGAUUAAAUACGUGUGUAUGAUCUCUUGUCAAGCUUGUUCUUGAUAAGACUGUAAUUUAAAAUUUUUUAAAAUAAAGUUAGACUUAUGAUAA